AUCAAAUGCAAUGCGACUUGAGCAAUGUGGGAAAGAGCAAUGCAGGUUUUGUAGCUAGUGAGCUGGGAAUGAUUCAGGAGCGCUUCCAGAAUUUUUGCUUUGUGUGUCCACGGUGUUCGAAUCCCUCCUUGGUGUCUGUCUUUCUUCUCGGAUCCUGGAGCAUUCCAAGAUCAGGCUUCUUGACGAGCUGACGAGCUGGAAAUCGUUACCAAUAAGCUGUGGAGCUUGGGAACAAGGGGAUUGCCACAGAGGGCAAUGCUCUUGGCUGCUGAUCGUCUUGUUGUGAUCAUCUGGCUCCUGGUCGUAGGCAGAGCUUCCAAGAAUUGUAUGAGCAGCUUCAGCAGCGCCGAUCUUAGGCUGUAGCUUUUGAUUGUUCUUCUUGUUCUUUACCAAGGGCAGCCUUGUACGGUGUGCAGACGCUCUGGUUGGUUAUCUACCUAGCCAGAAUAGUUGUAGCGCAAGAGAUACCUGCUUGUGCCCCUGAUGGCGUCACGCUGUGUGUGAGAGCAAUCUUACAGAGGGCCUUCCUUCAACUUGGUCUUGGUGACCUGUAAUCUCUCCGCUCCGUUAGAGCUCCCUUAGAGCAGGCUGUGGUCUCAAUGAUAGGGCAACUCUAGUCAGCAAGCCUGGCAGCACGCCUCCCCUAGGGGACUAUCGAGCAUACUCUUUGAUCUGGGUUUGGCGGCCAAUCUUCUGUGACGCUUAGUUAGGACCACUUACUCCCCCUGAGGAUGACGAAGCUCUCAGCAAGCGAGAAGGAGAAAACGAAGCUGCGAGAGCGUCAGCGUCGAGCCAUCACCACCAAGAUUUUCACAGGUCUUCGGAAGUACGGCGGCUUCAAUCUUCCGCCUAGAGCAGAUAUCAAUGAUGUUCUGAAGGCUUUAGCAAAUGAGGCGGGCUGGAUUGUGGAGCCAGAUGGCACCACUUACCGGAACAGCACGCCGCUUCAAAACCGCAUGGACGGUGGCGCCAGUGGUUCUUCGCAGCGGUACCCGCCAAUGGCGCCCGACGGCCCAUCCUACCGCACCCUAAACGCCAAUGAGGGGCACGAUCCUGCGAACCGGGGGGGUCAAAGCGAGGGGAUGCGACUAGAAAGCGGAAUCCCAACGACGAGCCACCUCCUGGGGGGCGGGCUUAUGGGCCCUGGUGCGCAGGGGGGGGCGUCGCCAUUUCUGAUGGGGGGGAUGAACGGGGGGUACGGACGGAGGGAAGACGGGGGGUUGCAAGGGAACCAGGCAGCGAUGCUCAACGGGUUGAGGUUCUCCCAAGGAGGUCCGGACGUUUCCUACGGCCUCGGAAUCAGCAACCAAUCGGCGUCGCUGAUCCACCUCCAAUUGUCGGACCGACGGGCGGCCCUCGGAACCUCUAGUCAGCUAGACAACUUCAGCAACGUUGGGCAGAACAUUUUUCUUUCCCCGGGCCAACAGCUGUCACUAGGGCCCCCUGCGGGUGGAAGUAAACCGGAGUUGUCAGGGAGUCCUUUGCAUGGGCAACCCGGAGGUCGGUAGCCCGCUUUGUACAGGGCAGGUGACUUAAUUUGCGCAUGCCAGUUUAGAGAGGGGGCGAGAAACGCGUGGAAGCAAGCGCGACCCAAGCGAUACUUCCCCCUUGUGUGUGGGUGUCACAUGAUGCUGGCUGAAUGGGCGCGACAUUUGACGGCUGCUUAUGAAAAAGCCGAUGCUUCUCGUGGCCCAGCGUAGUAGGGGCUACCGAAAGGCGGCAAAACGGGGAAAGCAAGAGGAGGUGUCACGGUUGUAAGGACCUGCGAGGUAUUCUUAGACCAUUCUUUCCUUAACUAGGAGUAGGCGAGGACUAACUUUGACAAUGGAUGAGUUAGUCCCCUGAAAACGAUUCUUUAGCUCCCGGCGGUGCCGGUUGCAAUAGCAUAGCAUAGUUCAGCUUGUCCUUUAGCGAGAUUGACAAUUCGUAUGUCUGUCCUCACUAGUUUGCCUGCAGGCAAGCCUGUUGCUUGUCGAGCAUGCAAAGAUACUUGAAAGGGUUGAAACAUAUGAUUCCAUAAAGCUACGCGAUUUGUCAACUUCAAGCGUUUCUUAUAUGCAC